AUGGAACACGGGAAGGCCUUGCUGCGAGAAAGAUUUUCUCUGCGUGGCCGAAUGACUCCGCCAAAAGUGUUUACAAAGGUAGCUAAUUCAGCUCGGAGUCGAGCAGCCGAGUUAAUUCAAAAUGUACGCACACAUUUAGAGUCCCCUACGUAUGUGCGUCGCAGCCGUAUGCUAAACAGACGGGCAAAAUCAGUUGAUCGGAGUGAUUUUAAUGUUAGCAAUGCGGAUCCCAGCGUAUGUGAGACAUCCUCAUUACAAACUACUUCAACCAGCUCAUCUGCUAAUUCAGGCUUCCUGGGAUUCUCUUUGCCUACCACGCUGAAUCCAGCCGAUCCGUUGCCCGCACCUACUUGUCGUCUGGGGGCUUACCAGGCGGAAUGGUUAGUAGACAACGAAGGGGCAUGGAAACUAAUCACUGAGGAUGCCACAGCAGCACCUGUGGAUCAAGCCACUUCUACUGGAGACAGUGUGCCGCAGCUUUUGCGUGUAAACAAAGCACUGAAAAAGGAGCAGAAGUUUUUAAAGGCCAAACUCUCUAUUCUGCUUGACGAAUUAGCCAAGCAAACCGCUGUGGUACAUUAUCAUGAGAAAAAGUUGGACAAACUGAGAGAGGAGUUGAAGAAAAAAUCCAAGGAGACCAAUGAAACCAUUCGGUCGGAAAUGAGACGAGAACUUGAACAAAAGCUCGAGACGACCAGACUGGAACGCAACUUGAGGAGCACACUUCUGUCCACAGAGGAUGAAGAGGAGUCUGCUAGUAAUACAGCUGAAGACACAGCUGCCUCAGAUUCUAUCACAAACUCCAACAAGUCGGACCAAACAAAGGAUGAUGCACUGUGUUUAAGUUCACCAUGUGAGAAACAAAAAUCAGCCAAACGACUGGUAGACUGUCCUCCUAAGCAACGCAAAGUACCCGCUUCUAAGCUGAAAACUGCUGGAGACAACGACACCACUACAGAGAUGGAGACGGAAACAGAGGAGACUUUCGAAUCUAAACAUCCGAAAACAGAGCCUCAGUUCCACAAAAAAGGAGCUAGAAAUUUUGAGGAACUAUCAUCCAAACAUCUUGAGGAUAACGAAGAAAGCGAUACACUGGAAGAUGCUAGCAGUAACAGGAGCUUCAACGCUACCGAAUCAAAGGCCAGCCCUACGACCUCCACUGUAGUGGCCAGUGAUGAAUCAGCUAAUGAAGCUACCAAAAAGUCGGACACAACAAGUCCAGAGGACUCUGAAGAGGAACAGGAAGACGAGCAAAGUGAGGGGGACGACGAAGAAGAAGAAGACGAGGAUCUCGAUGAUGAAGAGUUCGAGGAUGAAGAAGUGGAAGAGGAACAUGAGGAGUUGUCGAAGACUGAUGAAUCUCAGACUGAACAUAACCCAAGUGCUCGGCGUCGAGUUGUACAAUUUGGUACUGUAUCGCGAAGAUAA